AUGUCCCUCGUAGAGCUCUCCCGACCAUAUGAAGCAGUAUGGCAACUAACUCUUUGUUCUCCACCCGAUAAUCGUCUCACCCCCGAGCUCCUAUCCUCUCUUUCUGAUCAUCUCGACACCAUAGAAAAAGAAUGGCGAUUGUCCGGAGGCGGAGAGAUGGACAUUAAGAAACGGAAAACGUUUCCUUCGGGUGGAGCUGGAGCGGUGGUGUUGACAAGUGGUCUGGAUAAGUUUUUCAGUAACGGUUUGGAUUUCGGGAAAGCUAUGAAGGUUGAUAAUUUUUUCGAAAAAAUAUUCGAUCCUGUCAUGUGGCGUCUUUUGACGUUCCCAUUGAUCACCAUAGCAGCUAUCACUGGGCAUGCUUUUGCGGGAGGAAUGAUCCUCGCUUUAUGCUGCGAUUACAGAGUGAUGACCUCUGGGAAAGGGUUAUUAUGUAUGAACGAAAUAACAUUCUCCUCCCCACUUCCCAACUCCUUCGCGGCUUUUUUACGAAUCCGCAUUCCUCACACUCCUCAUCUCCGCGAUACCCUCUUAGGCAGACGAUGGACUCAGCCCGAGGCGAAGGCCGCUGGUUUAAUAGAUGAGAUAGUUGACGAUUCAUCCGACUCAAAAGCAGUGGUCAAGCGGGCUAUAGAAAUUGGUGUGAGAGAAGGACCGAAAGUUGCUCCUGGUCCAUGGGGAAUGAUCAAGGCCGGGACAUACCAUCCAGUUUUUGAAGCUUCAGAAUCGUACAGAGCCGUUCUGUUUCCUCAUCAAGAGGCCAAAGCUUUCUUUGACAGAACAGGAAAGAAAGCGAAUAAAGCCAAAUUAUGA